AUGGCCUCCCCGGCAGCCCAGAGGGCCCCACAGCUGUACUCACCCAACCUGUUCUUUGCGGCAGCUCAACCUGUGACUCCGGUCAAGAACCAGGAAAAUGCAAACGUCUUUGUCGACCACCCUACCGGUCCAGCACCUUUGCCUCGCCUGGCCACUCGACAUAGCACUUCGUUUACGAAUCAUCGCCCCAACAAGCCCAAGCCAUUGGCGCUAAAGACAACCCAUCUCCAGCCGCAUCCAGACGAUGAUAACGGAGAUGGUGGCCAUGUUGACGGUCAUCGAGUUCGCCAUGAUGACCAGCCCCAUCAACUACCGUCACAGUCCGCGGCGCUCCGCCGCAAGCCUGUGAGUAGUGCAUCCACUGGUGCCAUCCCCAUCGCGGUAUCGGUCACACCUGUGGGUUCCGACCGUGAAUACGACGGCGGCGGAUCGUCGUACAGCACGUCCCCCCUGGGUUCCGAGGCCCAUGCCAGGAUCCGAACACGGAUGCGCAUGCCGUUUGUUCCACGCACACCCAAGCAUGUUUGUACACUGGCCGCAGCCAACGUGGGUGGCGACCGUGCUACCGCCAUCACGGCCACCAUGGCCACCUCAGCCACCACAGGGGUGUCCAUGACAACAGAUUCGUAUACCGAAACGUACACAGGCCCGUAUACAGACACGUGUGUGGCAUCAUCCGGACCAGAGAACAGCCUCGAGCAGUUUCUACAGGACCACAUCCACUCGAUCGAAAGAAACUACUCGGACGACACGCCCAACACCAAGGGCCGCCUUUUAUCGUCGUCGUCGGACGAGUGGUACACAACUUCUGAGACUGACCCGAUCCGGUCGCGGCACCGGCACCGUGUUGUGGAGACGCAAGUCGCCGACUACGAGUCCACGUCUGGAGGAGAAGGCGGAGGUGGAGGAGAAUGCGGUGGUGGUGGCAGCGUUGGUAUCUGCAACUGUGGUAUGCAGCAGUGCUGCCAGUGCGGACUGUUCAUUUCACGCCCACGAACGCACAAGUGCAUGAGCACUGGUGAGACAGUCCUUCCAUCGACUGGACGGUAA